GCAGGGGGCAGUACGGGGAAUAUCACCGGCUGUGCCAAGAGCUCCGCCUGGACGAGGAUCGCUUCAAGGUCUAUUUUAGACUCAACCGGCAGCAGUUUGAAGGAGUGUUAACGUUUAUUGGGCCGACCAUCGCCAAGAUGAACACCAAUUAUAGGGAGAGCAUCAGUCCCGCCCAACGGCUUUGCAUUUGUCUGAGGUACCUGUCAACUGGAGACUCCUACAGGUCCAUAGCCUUCAGCUACAGGGUGGGGUUCUGCCCUGUGGCGAGGAUCGUGAAGAGUGUGUGUGAGGCCAUAUGGCAGUGUAUGGUCUCCACAUACAUGCCUGUGCCAGGGGCAGAGGACUGGAGGAAGAUAGCUGGGGACUACGAGAAGCUGGCGGACUUCCCCAACUGCCUCGGCGCCAUAGACGGCAAACAUGUGGUUAUACAGGCCCCACCGUCUACUGGCAGCCAGUAUUUUAAUUAUAAGGGGGCAUUCUCCAUCGUCCUUCUGGCGGUGGUGGAUGCCCGCUAUCGCUUUAGGGUCGUGGAUGUGGGGGCCUACGGCAGGAGCAGUGAUGGAGGCACGCUCUCGUCUUCGGCCUUUGGCACUGCUCUGCGGCUGGGGAACCUGGACCUUCCACCUGAUCGACCCCUACCUGAAGCAGACCAUCUGGGACCCCAGCCGCAUGUAUUCAUUGGGGAUGAGGCUUUUCUUCUGCGGAGGAACCUCCUGCGGCCCUACCCUGGCCAAAACCUGGGGGGAGAGCGGAGGAUUUUCAAUUUUUGGCUGUCCCAUGCCCGGAGGAUUGUGGAGUGCGCCUUUGGCAUCCUCGCCAACCAGUGGAGGCUCUACAGGAGGGUUCUCGGCGUGUCUCCAGAGGUGGCAGAGAGCGCCGUGAAAGCCACCUGUAUCCUCCACAACUACAUGCGUUGGGAUGGUGAGGGAGAGGAUGGCCCCCGCACUCCAACUGUGCCAUCACAGGGUGCAGUGCAGAGCAUCCCCAGGGUCGGCAGCAACAACGCCUCCAGGGAAGCGGUCGCAGUGAGGGAGACCUUCAACUGCUAUUUUUCAUCUCUGCCUGGUCGAGUGACAUGGCAGGAUGGAAUUUAGUUUAUCAUUUUGUAUAUAUAAUGAUAUAUUUUUUAUCAUUUUGUAUAUAUUUAAAUCAAAAAAGGCGAAAAACCAAAACUGAUAAUAAAAUUUCUUAAAUCAAUCUAACAUUCAUGUUGUAUGCUGGAUUACUUCUGAAGACAAAAACACACCUUUAACACCUUCA